AUGCCCAUCGUGGUGGAGACCCCUCCCAACCCCAACCUACGGCAGCUUAACAAGCUCGCCCACGACCCCAUCCUGUUCACCCUGUUCACGCUGCUGGCGAAGCAAGGCGCCGCCGUCUCCACCGGCUAUUGGAUGGUGCUCCAGAUCUGGCGCCUCGUCACGGUGUACGUGGUGCCCAAGAAGUGGCAGGUGUUCUGGUGGAGCGCGUUGGGCACCGCGGCGUUGGUGCUGGCGUACGUGUACAUUGCAUUCCCGCUUAACGCCGACGACGACGACACUGGCCUCGAACGAAGGAUAUUCGACAAGAUCUACCACGAUGAAGACUGA